AUGUUUCUAAAAAGACGUAAAUGUGAUGUCAUGCCCGUUGUUUUGGUACGCCCGACCAAUGGGACUCACCUCCUGGAUUCUACAGGAGCCGGGAUGGGCCCUUCCUCUCACCAGCAGCAGGACUCCCCUCUCUCUACCAUAACGCAUUGCGCAGGGUGCACCACCGCCAGGUCUCCCUGCAGCUUUAACAGUUCUGAUAUGGAAACCCCAUUGCAGUUGCAGCGAGGCUUCUUUCCUGAGCAGCAGCAAAAUCAGCAACAGCCGCAGCAGCAGACCCAAGACAAACCGUGCCUCUCCUUCCAGCAGCACUCAAAGCAACAACAUUACUACCACCAGCAGCAGCAGCAGCAGCAGCAGCCGCCACAGAUACACCAGUGGCAGCCGGGCAGUAGCGGCAGUAGCUCAUGCCUUCAGUGCAACAGCUGCGCCUCCUCCAGCGCCCAGGUGGCGGGGGGAAGGGUGGGGGAUAAUCUGCCUCUGUUGCUCCGCACCUCAUCACCCGGCAGCGCUUUUGGAACCCGCAACUCCUCGCCUGUUUCCACCUCAUCCUGCUGCUGCUGUUCUUCUCGGAGGGGCAGCCAGCUCAAUGUGAGUGAGUUGAAUCCAUCUAGCCAUGCCAGUGUCCCCAGGAAGCAGCAGCAGCAGCAGUUCCCACAGUACCAAUACCCUUCCCAAUACCACCAGUGCAGCUUGCAGCAGGCUGCCAGUCCCACUAACAGCCUCAGAAGCAGCGGCGGUGGCAGCGGGCACCUCCACCACCAUCGCCAUCACCACCACCAGCAGCAGCAGCAGCUGCAGCAGGUUCGCCGGGAAAGCAACCCCUUCACUGAAAUAGCCAUGAGCAGCUGCAGGUACAACGGAGGAGUGAUGCGUCCACUCAGCAACUUAAGCUCCUCCCGCAGGAACCUGCAUGAGAUGGACUCAGAGUCUCAGCCCCUGCAGCCCUCAGCUUCUGGUGGCUGUAGGUCCUCUUCCCCAGCUGCAGCCGUUCCUCCUCCUGCUGCUGCCCCCUCUUCCUCAGCCCCGGAGAUAGUAGUGUCCAAACCCGAGCACAAUAACUCUAACAACCUAGCGCUGUAUGGGAACGGUGGGGGUGGUGGUAGUGGAGAUGGAGGUGCGGGUGGGAGAAGCAGCGGACCGGGCAGCAGCCGCAGCGGGAUCAAGUCUAGCAAGAAGAAAAACCAGAACAUAGGUUACAGGCUAGGCCUUCGGAGAGCCUUGUUUGAGAAGAGAAAGCGGCUCAGCGAUUACGCUCUCAUCUUCGGCAUGUUCGGGAUUGUGGUCAUGGUCAUUGAGACUGAGCUGUCCUGGGGCGCCUACGACAAGGCAUCCCUGUAUUCUCUAGCUCUGAAAUGCCUUAUCAGCCUCUCCACAAUUAUCCUGCUUGGUCUUAUUAUUGUGUAUCACGCCAGGGAGAUACAGUUGUUCAUGGUGGACAAUGGGGCAGAUGACUGGAGAAUAGCCAUGACUUAUGAGCGUAUUUUUUUCAUCUGCUUGGAAAUACUGGUGUGUGCUAUUCAUCCCAUACCUGGGAAUUAUACAUUCACAUGGACAGCCCGGCUUGCCUUCUCCUAUACCUCAUCCACAACUACUGCUGAUGUGGAUAUCAUUUUGUCUAUACCAAUGUUCUUAAGACUCUAUCUUAUUGCCAGAGUUAUGCUUUUACAUAGCAAACUUUUCACUGAUGCCUCCUCUAGAAGCAUUGGCGCUCUUAAUAAAAUAAACUUCAACACACGUUUUGUUAUGAAGACUUUAAUGACUAUAUGUCCAGGAACUGUACUGUUGGUUUUUAGUAUCUCCUUAUGGAUAAUUGCUGCAUGGACUGUCCGAGCCUGUGAAAGGUACCAUGAUCAACAAGAUGUCACUAGCAACUUCCUUGGAGCCAUGUGGUUGAUUUCAAUAACUUUUCUCUCCAUUGGUUAUGGUGACAUGGUACCUAAUACGUAUUGUGGAAAAGGAGUCUGUUUACUUACUGGAAUUAUGGGUGCUGGUUGCACUGCACUGGUGGUAGCUGUGGUUGCAAGGAAAUUAGAACUUACCAAAGCUGAAAAACAUGUGCAUAAUUUCAUGAUGGAUACCCAGCUAACCAAAAGAGUGAAAAAUGCAGCUGCCAAUGUACUCAGGGAAACAUGGCUAAUUUACAAAAAUACAAAGCUGGUAAAAAAAAUAGAUCAUUCAAGAGUAAGAAAACAUCAGCGUAAAUUCUUACAAGCAAUCCAUCAAUUAAGAAGUGUAAAAAUGGAACAGAGGAAACUAAAUGAUCAAGCAAAUACAUUGGUGGACCUGGUCAAGACACAAACCAUCAUGUAUGACAUGAUUUCUGACAUAAAUGACAGAAGCGAAGAAUUUGACAAGAGGGUUGGUACCCUGGAAAAUAAGUUAGAGACUUUGAUCGGUAACAUUCAAGCCCUCCCUGAACUGCUAAGUCAGACAAUCAGUAAACAGCAAACUGAUUUCCUGGAAGCUCAAAUGCAAAGCUACAACAAGAAUGUUGCCUACAGUGCAGAGCGGUCACGGUCCUUGACCCGAAGAAGGAGGUCCUCCUCUACAGCACCACCAACUUCAUCAGAGAGUAGCUAGAAGAGAAUAAGUUAACCACAAAAUAAAAGACUUUUUGCCAUCAUAUGGUCAAUAUUUUAGCUUUUAUUGUAAAGCCCUAUGGUUCUAAUCAGUGUUAUCUGGGUUCUGAUGUCAGAAUUCUGGGAACCUGAACACAAUGUUUUAGGCCAAAAUGAGUGAAAACUCUUUUCUUUUCUUUCAGAUGCACAGGGAAUGCACCUAUUAUUGCUAUAUAGAUUGUUCCUCCUGUAAUUCCACUAACUUUUUAUUCAUGCACUUCAAACUUUACUACUACAGUAUAUAAUAUAAUAAAAAAGGUUAAU